UGCAUUCAUCUCUCUCUCUCUUGAUCAAUCGAAUUCAAUAUAUUUGAAGUUCUAGGUCGAUCAAAUGGCCAUCGAGCACACAAUGGAUCAACAAACAUUCGGCGGACUGGUCUUCUGCGACACAACUCGCCCACAGAAUCUGAAUUAUUCCUCCGUCUUCGGCGGCAACAUGAAGCGAAGCGCGUCGGAACUAAAGCUGGAGGAGCUCCUGGGGCGGAUAAUGGCGCCGGAGACCGGCGAGAACGAGAACUGGAGUAACAUCCAGAGAGCGAGAAAAUCUGGCGAAACCGACGGCUUCUCCGGAGCCCAGGUGCAAGACAAUAGUUUCAACGACGUUUAUGCUACCGCCGGCGAUCUGGGGUUCGGAUCCAGAGACCGGGACACAGUUAAUGACUUGAUAAGUUAUGGUGGAUUAACAGAAAGCGGAUUCCGGGCUCAAAAUCUCACGCCAAAGCAUUCAAACAUUUCAGCCACCAUGGAUUCCCAGUCAUCAGUAUGCGGUGGUCCUGCAUCUAGUUUAACAUUUGGGUACACAGGAACUGCAUCAGCUGGAAGCCCCGCUUCUGCAAAUCAACCCAAAAGUGUAGAUACCCAAGGACGGGGAGCAGCUAGUGGUUCUUCACAGGAGCAAUCAGAUGAGGAUGACAUCGAAAUAGAAGCUGGGUCAUGUGAACAAAGCAACAGCAUCACUGACUCCAAACGCCUUAGGAGGAUAGUAUCAAAUAGAUUGUCUGCUAGACGUUCGAGGGAGAAAAAGCAAGCACAUUUGGCUCAACUUGAGUUGCAGGUUGAUCAACUAAGAGGACAAAAUGCAACUCUGUACAAGAAGUUCAACGAUGCAAGUCAACAAUUCAAGGAAGCUGCUACUGAUAAUCGGGUGCUCAAAUCUGAUAUUGAAGCUUUGAGACUGAAGGUUAGAUUGGCAGAAGAUAUUGUUACUCGAGGCUCACUAACUUGUAGUUUGAAUUAUCUCCUUCAAAGCCAUUCCAAUUCACCACAGUUACUUAAUACCAACCAGUUAUUUCGCGCGUCAGAGGUUUUAGCAAGCAUGGAUAACCAAGGUCAAGACACAGCUUACGGAGAGAUAGCAGCGCUUGGAUCGGGGAAUGGUGAUACUGAUGGAAGCAUCAAGAAUAGACUGAACUGGAACCAACCACCAUGCCAAAGGAUGACAAGCUUGGAACAUCUACAGAGCAAAAUUGACAGUGACCAUCUCAGCUGCAUGGCUGAGUUUUGGCCAUGAGAAUCACAUGUGAUGUCCAUCUAUAGGUGCUCUGUCUGCUCAUGAAGUUCCUAAUACCUGCUUUUCUGGGUCUAUUAGACUUUUGUUUAGCUUUUCUUCUUUACUUAAUUAUAGUUAACUAUAAAGGACAGUAACUUGUUUGUCUAAAACAUUUUAAAGUCUGUUUGUGUGGAGUGUAAAUCUGAACCGGAUACGAAAUUUGCACCCAGUUCAGUUUUACAUCCAUUUGUUUGUAAUUAUGAUUGCACUCCUCUUUGAUACAGAUUUUGUAAUUUUUGUCUCUUUUGCACUCGUAGGAAAAUGCAAAUUUUACAUGAUGUGCAAAGUUUACAUCACCUUUCUCCUA